AUGGACUUUUUUAAGCCAGACCAAAGCUCUGAUUGGAACAACAUUUCCUUAGGCACCAAUGUUGCAUUCCUCACCGAGUCUUCCCUUACGAGCCUGAAACUACGCAUUAUUUCCGAAGAUACGUCCAUGCACUCUGAUGCCGAUUCCUCGACACGCGUGGAACUCAAGGUGGAGAAUGUUCAUGCUCGUGCACUAUACACAGGACAAGGCUUCGAAGAGAUGUGCAUUCAAUUGCCCACUUUAGAGCUGUAUGAAGUAUUAGAUGCAUUAAGAUACCAUCCCAUCAUUCGAAUCAAUAUGGAGCCAGAUCCAAUGUCGUCGUUGCCAGAUUCACCCACAUGGGUCCUUGGCCACAUCCUUGUGUGUGAAGGUGGAUGGGAUACCAUCUUCCCCUUGGGGGCUCGGAACGACUUUGCCAUCUGCGCCCGCCAGAAUACGGAGGGCUUCGAUAUUGAAAUUGCACCUGCCCAGCUACUCGUGGAUUGUACCAUGUUUGCACGACUUCUUCCGUUCUGGCAAGCAUUUUCUAGCGGUGCUUCAUCUGCUUCUAUACCCAGUGCCAAUACUUCACUCAUUCCAUGGGAAUUUUGUCAUUUCCUCUUGAGCCUAUUGCCUAUUAUUUCCAUUACAUGUUCCAAGGCACAGAUGGCCAUCCGUGUCCCCUAUGUCUAUGCUUCUGAAGAGCGUUCAUCCACAUAUUUAGCGCGAGGAGUCCGAUGUCAUGUUCUGGCUGAAGAAGAAGAGGCGCUCCUAGGUGUUCGGGGCAUUUCCUUUGUAUCCAAAGCGGGAACGUCUCAGUUCCGUACUACGAUUACUUCCGUUGAAGCCAAAGAUGUUCUUCGAGAUGUGUAUUGGAUCAAGCAUAGGGAAGAUCAAACCCAACCUAUGCUUACAUGGGACAUUGCACCGCCCUUCGAUACAUCCUCAGAUGGGCUUGCGACACACAUUUCUUUAGCUAAGGACUUGGAUAUUGGCUCUUGUGACGAUAAUGCUGUGUCUAUCCUGCAUGCCUUGGCCCCCACUUCGGACACUUCUGUACCUAUUGUGCAAGUGAGUUUGACUGUGCGUCCCAGUGCAAGUCCCAAUGUCUUGGAUGUACAAGGCAAGGCUCAUAUUGCCCCGAUAUACAUUGACUUUUCUAGCUCUUCCUGGCAAAGUGUGUCCACCUAUCUUAUGAAUAUGUGCGAGACUACGUCAUUGCACUUUGUCAACAUGGCCAUCAGCCCACUGCACCUGAAAGGUCCCAUGUCCGUGCCCAUGUCCGCGACACCGCAACAUCGAGAUCCACUGUCUAAGUAUGAUCAGAUGGACGAAGUCCUUACCUUUUCUCCCAUGACAAUACGCAACAUCACAGGCUGGCCAUCGCUAGUGCGUGAAGUUGUGACACACUGGCAGAACGAUCUGCCAUCGAAGUCCUCAUAG